GUGGGACCCCAUGACUCGUGGCGACCAACGCGACCGCGACCGCGCGAAAGCUCAAGCGCGUAUGGCGAAGAACGCGUCGAAAGGUCGGACGGACAACCUGACGCCGCAACAACGCCGGGAAGCCGACGCCAAGGCGCUGGCGGACAAGAUUGCAAAGAAACAAGCAAAUUCAGGAUGAAAACGUCAAUCGUUGGGGGCCCUUUGCCGAUUCCAAUCGUUGCCGAAUUCACCAGCGUCAACACGAAUGUAACCUUAUUUUACCUCACUGAGUCAUGCCAAUA